GCAGUCAUUAAGUUGCCACUAUUCGAAUCAGUAGGAUCCCACUUUAGUCCCACAGCCUCUUCCAUUUCACGCUCAUCGACCUGAGACAAUUGAGUUUCAAUCUGUGAUCUCCUUAGUUCAUAGACUUAGACAACAGGCCAAAUUGCCUCAUCGCCAACACCAGUGAUAAUCACAGGGAUUAUAAAUCGAUUUACAAUCAUGAAAUUUUUCUUAGUCUGUUUCUCCAUCUGCGUGUCGAGCAGCCUCGUGAUGGCCCAGUACUUUGGCGGCAAUCGCUACAACUUCGGCUACAACGCCCUUUCCGGUGACUUUGGGGGGCCCUCCGCCUUCGCCAGCCAGUUCGGACAAUCGGGUAGUAGUGUUAGGGACCCACGACAGGACAGAGGUACUGGACCUGUUGUAUUCCCACCCUCUCCAGCCAAUGCCCCCGUGGAGUCCAGUGGUGUCAUAGUCGGAGCGUCGGGCUACGGAUUCGUCCCGCCGCAGACCCCCCAAAAGUGAUGGAAUUAUCGCUAAAUGUAAUCUUUUUACAUAAUACUUAUUAAAUGAUCGUAAGAGGAGAGCGAAAGAGAGAGAGAGAAAGAAAAAAUCGUGAGUCGACAUGGAUGAAUGGGAAUUGUUGAAUGAGUGUGGCUGAAAUUAUGCUAAUCUGAUGUAAGGUGUAUUUAAUUACAAAUAAGUGUACAAUUAUUUAUUUGUGUAUAAAAUGUAAAUAAACGAAACUUCUUCAGCAUGAGGAGAAUUUUGUACAUAAACUGUCCGGGACAUCAUCAUUUUCUUGCACAUGUUCAUUGCCGACAAAUUGGUGCACUCUCGUCUGGGUUGGACUAAAUGGAAGUCUCUUGCUUAACAUGCAAAGUGUUGCGGAAUCUGUAAAUAAUCGUACACUCAAUAAAUGUGUACAAUAAUGAAUAAAAUAAAUGUGAAAUGUGUGAAUAAAGGAGGUGUAAUUUGCAGAAAAUUGCAAUUAAAAAUCAAAGAUACAAGAUAUACAGUGACUGACCACGAGGAUUGGUUUUAAUUGACUUUGGCUGAUGGGAUUGUAACAUUGAUAUGUUAACUGUGCAAAAUUGGUGUGAAAAUGCUUGAUGGUUUGAUUGCUGAUUGUUGAGCUGAUUUCGAUGCCUGUGAAGUUGAUUGACAAACCAAGAGAGAUCCCUCAGCAACUCCCUUCCUUGCCUAUAUAAUGAAAGUGAUUGGAUUUCGUGAAGAGUGUGAGAAUUGGGCUCAGAGUCAAGAAUUAACUGUGAUAAUGUACAAAAUUAUAUAAUUAUAUUGUUUCUCUGGUGAACCUUCCGAAGACAGGAUGUUGGUUUUCUCAGAAACUGUGUAAAUAAUCCUACUUUCCAUCCCGGAUAGGAUGAUAAAAUUCUGUUCCUAAAAUACCUAUGCAUAUAACGUAUGUAUGUAAAUAAACCUCUUAGGUAAGAUUGCAUUACUGCACAAAUACAAAAAAAUUCAGUGCACCACUUAGUAAUAGAAGAGUGUGAACUAUCAUCUAAGAAGACGUACUCUGCAAUCUCUUUCAGGGCCAUUCUUUGGCUUUCCUCGGCAGUUUCCCUACACCCGAUAUCGAUUCAUUUGAAGUGUCUCUCUGGAGGAAUACACUGUCCGUGAACUCUUUCAGUAUUCGGCUCUAAAAUCAUCCAUCCUCUUCAUACUUUUUUCUUAUAUUUAUGUUGUAAAAAAGAUGUCGUAUAUUUCUGCUACAAAUUAAUUUAUUAAUUACCAGUAUAAGUGUAAAGUGUGAACCACUGAAUUCUUCUAAGCCUAUAUUAGGAUGUGUUCUAAUUUUGUAAUUUAUUGUGCAGAAGGUUGUAAAUAAUGACAAAGCAUUAAACUGUGAGAAGAGACAAUCCAAUGACUUAUCUCUUGUGUUCUAAUGAUGUUUGAUUUGCAGAGCGAAAUAUAUUAAUGCCAUACGAUGCGGCUUGAAAUUGUGAAGACUAUGAAAUUUGCAAUAAAAGCGAUUUAUUUGAAUGGA